CUGAGUCAGCACAUUCUGCCACGCCAUUUAUGAGGGAAACCAGCUCAUGCUGACAGACCAUAGAUAUAUAGAGUGUUUAUGCUGUGUUGUAUACAAGUGAGUGAGCUUUGUAAAAUAUCCUGAACUGUCUGUAGUACGCGCUCUGUGAGCUAGAAAACUGGUAAAGAAUUAUUAAGAUGAGUGGUAUCAAGAUAAAGACAUUACAACAGAAGACCUUCGAGGUUGACAUUGAGCACACAGAAACAGUGAGAGCUCUCAAGGAGAAGAUCGAGGAAGAUAAGGGAAUGGAGUUCCAAGCCGAUUUAUUAAAGCUUAUAUAUGCUGGAAAAAUACUGGAGGACAGCCAACCAUUGUCUAAGUAUAAAAUACAACCGAGUGGCUUUGUCGUUGUCAUGGUGAGCAAGUCUCGUCCCCCUCCAAAACCAGCAGCAGAAGAGUCAUCUGAAGCCACGACAACCAGCGUAGAAGCAUCUACCACAGCACAAGAAACGCCCACCAGUCAGCAGCCUCCAGAAGCAACGGCCACCACUUCAGAGUCUGAAGGAGGGGUCUCGAGGAUGGAAACAAGUGAGGCCACACCCACAGUCACGCCCUCAGCCCAAGGGUCGGACACCAUAGAGAGUAGGAGUGAAGGGUCUCUCCUUCAAGCUGGCUCUACUCUAGUGACUGGCCCGGACCUGGAUGAGGCUACAAGCAACUUGAUGGCACUGGGCUAUGAGCAAGACCAAGUAAUCAGGGCCCUCAAUGCAAGCUUCAACAACCCGGACAGGGCAGCCGAACUGCUCAUGACUGGUAAUGUACCAAACGACCCUAUACCCACUGCUCCGGAGGGGAUGGAGGAGGAGCCGGGGGAGCAGCCCUCUAGGGAUAUCCCCCCUGGCCAACAAGGGGAGGGAGAGUCUGCCGGUGGACCACCGCCAGCAAAUCCUUUUGAGUUUCUUCAAGACAGACCUCAGUUUCAGCUGCUGCGUACUUUGGUCCAACAGAACCCUGGGUCCUUGCCCAAUCUCCUCCAACAGAUAGGACAGGCCAAUCCACAGCUCUUGCAGUUGGUCUCAUCUAAUCAACAAGCUUUCAUUGACAUGCUCAACCGUCCCUCACCAGGCGAGGGGGUAGGGGCAGGUCCAGUGGCGGGAGCGGGGGCGGGGGCUCCCCCUCAAAUACCACAGGGGCUUUCCCCUCAAAUACCACAGGGGCUUCCCCCUGGAGCAGUAUCCAUACAAGUGACGCCAGAGGAGAAGGAAGCCAUUGAAAGGCUGAAGGGGCUCGGGUUUGCAGAGAGUGCUGUGAUCCAGGCCUUCGUUGCUUGUGACAAGAACGAGGAAUUAGCUGCCAAUUUCUUGCUUAGUGAAAAUGACAGAGACUGACUGUAGCUGUUUGGUGCAACCAUUUACUACUUCUAUGUAUACCUUUAUAGCCUCUAUUAUGUUGUGCUUCUAAAUUAUUGAUGUAUUAAUUGUUAUUGCCAGUUUCAA